GGGGGACGCUGCACUGCGACAAGCCAGGGCGUGGACGGGAGAGGGAGGGGGAGGGGAGGAGGGGUGGGAGGGAAGUAACUGGGGAAGGGAAGGGAGAGGCGAGGCAGCUGCAUGGACACCGACGGGUCCCACUCCCUCCCUCCCUCCGAAGAGCACCUCGCCUAUUGGUCAGCCUGUUGCUCUUCUGGCCUGCGAUUGGCGAGGCUGUGUUAGGCCUAGUUCCUCGGUCCCACCUUCGCUCCGCGCUCUUCCAGUGGGGCCGGCCGCCGGCUUCUGCUUUGGGGUAGGGGAGCAGCGGGCUGGGGGGCCGGGAGCUUCAUGGCGCGUGUGCGGGGCGCCCCGGCCACAGCAUGUGACGGAGGCGCGGCGGCGGCGAAGCCGGCCCUGGGCAGGUGAGUGAGCGAGAGAGCCGGCGGCGGCGAGGUCGUGCGUGUCUCCGCAUUCCGGGCCGGUUCCCGCCCCUCGACCCCUAUUCGGGGCCAAGGAAUCCGGGUCUUUCAUCGGCGCGCCCGCGCCCCGCUCGACUCCGUUCUUCUCGCCGGGCCACGGGCUCCGCGGCCUGCCUGAGGACCCUGGUCCCCAGCUGAGGGACGUCCUUCUCCGCUUCCUGCUCCAGACGGACGGCCGGCGUCCGAGUUCUAAAAGAUGAGUCGUGGAUAUUCAGAAAACAAUAAUUUUCUGUGUAAUAACCAAAUGGUGUUGGACAUGAUCCUUUAUUCUCUAAUUGGAGUACCUCAGCCUAUCAACUGGGAAACGGUAGCAAGGCUAGUGCCUGGAUUAACAUCAAAAGAGUGUGCAAAAAGAUUUGAUGAACUGAAAAGCAGUGGAAGUUCACCUGUUGACAACCAGUACAGUCCUCUCAUGGCAACUGGAGGAAGUCCUGUUGAAAACUUAGCAACAUACAUCAAAUCUUCACUUCUUGACACACAAGGAGAGUUUCAGGAGCCACCUCUUAGACAGAAUUCAGUUUCCAAAACAGGAAGACCUAAUAUAGCUUCCACAAGGAAUUGUUCUUCAGAAAAUGAAAACUGUACUGCUCAUAAAGAUGGAGGAAAGGCUGAUGAAACAGAAGGGCCAAAUAUGGUGAUUCAUGUAUGUGAUGAAGCAAAAAACCUGAAAGAAGAUUUUACUUGCCCUCGAGAUCUUUUGAUAUCAGAAAUGAAGUAUUUUGCUGAAUAUCUGUCUGUGGAUGCCCAGCGCUGGGAGGAGGUGGACAUUUCAGUUCACUGUGAUGUUCACAUCUUCAACUGGUUGAUACAGUAUGUGAAAAGGAACUCUAAGGAGAAUGAGAAUUGUGAGAUACCCACUUUAGAACCAGGGAAUGUCAUUUCAAUUCUAAUUUCUUCUGAAUUUUUGAAGAUGGAUUCAUUAGUUGAACAGUGUAUUCAUUAUUGCCAUAAACACAUGAAUGCUAUAGUAUCCACCCCAUGCAACAUGAAUUGUAUUAAUGCAAACCUCCUUACACGUAUAGCUGACCUGUUCACACAUAAUGAAGUUGAUGAUGUAAAGGACAAAAAAGAUAAGUUUAGGAGUAAACUUUUUUGUAAGAAGAUUGAAAGACUUUUUGAUCCAGAGUACCAGAAUCCAGAUUCUCGGAAUAAUGCGGCAACAUUGUACAGAUGCUAUUUGUGUAAGAAACUUCUAACUAAAGAAACAGAAACAAGAAUUCCUUGCAUUCCAGGAAAAAUCAACAUAAAUCAACAUGGAAACAUUGUUUAUAUUCACAUAAGAGAUAAAACUUGGGAAGUUCAUGAAUAUUUGGUUAAUCUUUUUGAGGAAUUAAAGUCUUGGAGAGAUGUGUACUGGCGAUUAUGGGGGACUGUCAAUUGGCUGACAUGUUCUAGAUGUCACCAAGCUUUUCUCUGCACUGAGUUUUCACAUUGUCAGUAUCACUCAGAGCCAGUGAUUUAUCCCGGUAUGUCGAAUACAUCAAGUUGUUCUGGCACUGGAAUAUAUCCUUGCUGUAACCAGAAAGUUCUUCGGUUCGAUCCUACCCAGAUUGCAAAGGGUUGUAAAGUGAGGGACCAUGUGAUUGGUUUAUGUGAUCGAGGUGAAGGUGGGGAUAUGCUAACCUGUUCGUCUUCUAAAAUACUGGAUGAUCUCCUCAUGCACAGAGAUGUUAUUGUUGUACCUUUUCCUAAAGACAUAAUGAGUGAUUAUGGAAUUGGCUUCUUUGAUGAGAAGGGCCUAGACUGUGAUGGCCUGCUAGAGCCAAAUACACCUUGGGGCCCCAAAACUGGAGAGAUCAAUGCUUUCUUGUCCUUGAAAAAUUGGACUCUGCAGCUGAAACAACAGUCAUUAUUUUCAGAGGAGGAUGAAUAUACCACUGGGUCUGAAGUAACUGAAGAUGAGGUUGGGGAUGAGGAAGAAGUAACUAAAAAGCAAGGAAAAAAAGAGAAGCCAAAGAAGUUCACCAAACAGCCAAAAAAACAGAUGUCUUCACCAUGUGUUCAAAAGAAAGAAAAAUCAUCAGAUAAGUCAACUUCCAGAGAUGCCUCUCCAUUCAUUGUGAGUAUACAGAGGAACAAAUGGGAUGCCACUAGGUCAUUGAGGUUCAAUCAGGAUGCUCAGAGAGAAGAGGAUCAGCGCCGGAUGUCUGAAAUUACAGGGCACCUAAUAAAAAUGCGACUAGGUGAUGUGGAUCGAGUCAAGUCGAAGGAAGGAAAGGAAUUUGCGGGUGGUAUUUAUUCUAGGCUUGAAGCUCAAAUCAAGGCCUCAAUUCCGGUCACCACACGACAGAGCAGCACAGAAAAAAACACAAGGUCAAAAAGUCGUUUUGGUCAAAACCGUCCUGUGUAACCCUCAGGAAAGAUCUCAAACAGCAAAAGGCAGUGCAGACAUCUGAAAUUGUUCAUUUUCUGAAGAUAUUUGGAAGGCUGCCGUCUUAAUCUUUUAAGUGACUUAUCUAUUGAAUACUGCAAGCUACAUUAAUCACAUUGCAAAGAAGAAUGAAUGCAGAUCCAGUUAGAUCUUGUAAAAAAAAGAAAUUUGUAAAUAUGCAACUUCUUAAUCUGCUUUUUAAUAAGUUAUGCUAUGUAGAAAAUGUUUAUUUAUAAAUUUGCACAAUUUUAAAACUUCUACUAUUUGAGAACCCUAAUUUAUUUCUUUGAAAGGAAAGAGGCCUAAAUUCUAAGUUUUUUCUUGGUGGGUUUUUUUUAAGACAUUAAAAAAUGACUGAAAUACAGCUGGCAGUGUUACCAUGCAUGUGCAUUAACUAGUAUUAUAUCAUUUCAAUUAUACAUCUUGGGAUACCAUAUUGGUCUUCAGUAUGUGCAAUGUAAUUCCUAAUGAUGUUACAUAGGUUUGCAUGAGUAUCUAGGGAGCAACAAAGACCCCAAGAUUGCAGUGUUUAAAACUUGAAAGGAAGGUAACUUUUUUGUAUGAUGGGCAGGAUUCAUUUUUUUUUUCAGCUUUGUCACAUAAAAAUGAAAACGUUUACUGUCAGCCAUUUUUUUUCUUCCUCUUUCUAGACAAAUGUUUUUACAUUUGCUCUGUGGCCUGAAAGUGCAGAUAAUUACCUGGUUCCUCUUGUGUUACUAGUAUCAUUCGGAAUCUGGUAGAAUAGCUGUUAGUCUUUGGACACUAAAUCAUUUCAGUUUGGUGAAGUACCCUGAGUAUACAAGGGUCCCAAAUUUAAAAUAGUCAUUUUACAGCCAUUAAUAUAGUUCACGUUUUACAGUGAGAUUACUGAUUGAUUUGUGUACAUUUGGUAGGGACACAACUGUGUGUCCUCAAAAGAAAUCACAAUAAAAUUAUAUCCUGCAGAUCAUGUUUUAAUUUUUCUAGCCAAGCAGAAAGAGUGCUCAGGGAAAAUUAGUUCCAAACCAUAAGCACAUGGUAAAUGAUACGUGUUUGGAAAUUACUUUUACUUAAAUCUCUGGAAAAAAAAAACCUCCUUAAAAUGCACUAUCUGUAUUUUUCAGCCUUUAUUUCAUUUUUAAUUAAAAUUAUUCAACGUAUUUAAAUUAAAAAGCAGAUUUAGAUAUGUGAGGGUGGCAGCUUUUAAUUGACACAUUAAGUGUUGCACUCAGUUUACACGUAGAGAAAUCACUAUUCCAAACAAGUAUUCAAGUAUUCUUCCUAGUUUACUUAAAGGAUUUUGCAGCUAUAUUUUAUUUUUUCUCAGAAAAUAAGUAUGGCUUUCCAAAGUCUUUGUUUCCUAUUCAGAAAUUUUAUUCCAUUUUAUGUUUUUAAAAAUAGAUCUUGAGUUUUUCAAAGACAGUGGUUUACUAUGUACUAUCUGUUCAGUAUUAGAGUUUUGGUAUAGUUUACUAUAUUUCUGCCUGACAAAGGGAUCUGGGUUUGUUCAUGUAAAGACCCACAAUGAUAAGAGGAAAAUGUUCUUUCUCAUUUUACUGGUGUGAAAAGAGUAAGCUGCUUCUCUCCUGGAGGGGACUGGACCACUGGAUUGAUUUUUGGUUUGUGAUUGUGCCAUUUUUACAUGCCAGAGUAUUUCAGAAUUUGAUUCUCUUCAAGAUGUGCUUUUUAUUUUUGUUAAUGUCUGUCUGUACUACAUAGCAUAAAUACAAUUAAUGUUUUAAUAAAACUAUAUUAAUAACA